AUGGAGCAAAAGACAUGUCUAUAUGUGAUGAAGGAGACGGCACAUGGCCACGGCCUUUUUGCAAAAGAGCUCAUCAAGGCUGGGACACGCAUCAUUCACGAAAAACCAAUCCUGGUGGUUUCACAAGCUGAGACAAAGACGAAAGCCGAGUAUAGAUGUGUCAUCGAUCAAGUCGCAGAUCUGAAUGACUCAGAAAGAAAGCGAUUGAUGGAUCUGUAUCACAACGAUAAAAAGCUGCGCGAAUUUUCAUUCCUCCAGGGUCAACCGUGUCCAGGGACAGACCUCGAUGCAGGUAUUGUCUUGGCAAAGUUCUAUACAAACGCUGCGAGCAUAACAUCCGGAGGUCUCGAGUGUGGCUUGUUCACAAUUUUCUGCCGCAUGAAUCACUCAUGUACACCAAACAUAUGCUGGGUAUACGAUGAGCCGACGGGUUUCAUGGAAGUAUACGCAGUGAGGGACAUUGACAAAGACGAGGACAUCACCAACUCAUACAUCGAAGUCGCAAUUCCUUACCAAGCCAGGAUGAAGGAGCUGUCAAAUUGGGGCUUCACGUGUCAGUGCGCCGCCUGUGAAGGGCCAGAUGCUGCGAAGCAUGAUGAGCGAAGGCGCAGGAUUGCACAGAUCAAGGGAAUUCUUGACAUUUAUCAGGAUACGGGAAGAUCGGGCGACGCACCCAAGUUCGCCGAGAUUCCAAAGACAGACCUGGAAGCAUUGAGGCUUGGCGAAGAAAGCCUUGCGUUAUUAUCGGACGAAGGGCUCAUCGAACAACUGGGUGUCAUGUAUGGGCUGUGUGCCAAGUUUGCCAAAGGCGCUGGGCUACAUGACUUUGCGGAGGAUUAUGAGGAGAUGGAGUUUGAGAUCUUGGUAAUAACGACCGGGGAGUAUGUCGAUUGA